AUGGACGAGCCCUUCGUUUCUAAGGCUGUGGAAAACCACUUCGUCGCCAAUGAUCCCUACUUCAAGAAGGAAGUGCGGAGGCGUAUAGUGAAGUCGACGGCUAUUGAACAUGGAUGUGCGUUUGAGCGGUUCAUGAUAAAGGCUUUCAGUGAGACAUUCAACACACGACCUCUAUCUGAGUGGCCGCAUCAGCCCCCCAUCUCUGAUAUGUGUCCAGCUCUCGUCAGGAAGGUGGAACUUGUUGGCUGGAGGGAACCUGGACUCGAACCAGGCACGACUCACGCGAUGAUGUCGAUGGAGGAGUUCAUGGACGCUCAUGUCAACCAUGGGUCAACCCGCAACGACAUGCCGAUCGCGCCAUUUUUCUUCCCCAACUCCAAGCCGUCGGGACCAGACUUGGUUUUCUUCAUUCGGAUCGACGGUGCUCGGUUGGUCCCUGUCUUCGUCCAAUUGAAGCUGCAUCAGGGGUCGUCUUCGGAGAGGGAUUGGAAUGACGCAUUCAACACAGCCUCGGCAACCAAAAUUGAGGGCCACGCAAAGACUUUUCGCAAGUACUGCCCCGACAACGUCUACAUCAGCAUGACCGUUGCAUACCCUACCAAAUGGACUGACAAGCUGCCAGCACCUUCAGAACUCCCAAAGGACCAGUGGUUUUCAGCAGGUCGUGAUAAACGUCAGCGAUGA